UAUUAAGUAACAAUAAUUUAAGCUGUAUUUUUCCCAAUUUAAAUAAGUUAAACGGUAGUUAAACCUAAAGAUUGAUAGAUUUAUAAAGAAGGAUCUCAGUUUUAGUACAAUAGCUCUUCAUAUAUUUUCAAAGUUGACAUUAAGUUCAUUUUACUACUCUCAAGUUUAAAAAAAAGACUGAUCAUUCACAAUGAGUUUUACACCAUCAAUGAUCGAGAACCUGGUGGAGCUUUUUCAUGAUGAAAAUGAAAAUUCAGACAGUGAUGAAGAUAGUCCUACAAAAGAAACAUUCUCCAAGUUUGGUCCAGGUCAUAUUGGACCAGAGAAAACAUCUGAAGAUAACGCACCAGUGCAGAAUUCUGACAGUAAAGAUAUCUGGUCAGAAUCUGAAGUCCCAGAAGGUUCUGAAUUUGAUGUAAUAGAUGAUCCUAGACCUCAGCCUGAGUAUGAUAUAUUGUAUAGUCAAGCAGUCACAAGCGAGGAUAUAUUUUUACAAAUGGGUAACAAGACACCAGCUACAUCUAGCUGUGAAAAUAUGACAAUAAAAAUCAAACUUCCAAGCACAAAAAUGUCAGAGGUAGAAUUAGAUGUCAAGUCAAAGUUUCUUGAUUGCCGUACACCAAACUAUAAACUUGGGCUGCAUUUACCUCACCCUGUUGACCACAAGAAUGGCAAAGCUCAGUGGGACUCUAAAACAGAAACUCUUAUUGUGACUUUAAGAAUGGUCAGAGACUUUGACGAAUUUAACUUCUAAAAAAAAUUAGUGCAAUGGUGUAUUGCAUUUAUGCUGGUGCUCAUAGUGUUGGCUGUAAGGCAGCAAUUUAGUCUGAGAUAAAAGUGUCUGUCAUUGUAUAAAGCUGGUUAUAUAUAUAUA